AUGGACGUGAGGACGGACGGGAUGACCGACAUGGCCGACCCCCGAAGGAUCUCCCGCGUGGGGCUGCUCGACCCCCCUGGAGGAGGUCCUCACUCUCUGGACGCCUCCCUCCUCCUCCGGAACCUGCCUCCCUCCCCCGCCCCUAAACGCCACUCGGGCGGCUUCGAUAACGUGGGUUUCGACUUGGAGUCUCUCGGGGAGGCAGCGAGACCCGGCAGUCGACGUCCUUUAGUGAGUGUCCACGUGAGGACUCUCCCGCCCGAGCAACAUGUCCUGUCCUCCCUCAACAGGCAGCCCAAGUCUCUGCCACCCACGCCCAUCCUCAACACCCACGCCCGCCGCUCCAGCCUCCCCCAGCAGCAGGAGGAGGAGAACAAGACAGGGUCGUGGAGACAUCACAUGGGUAGUGUAAGGGUCAUUCAGGUACCCCACGACGCCAGGGACCAGACGUCUGACCUAUCUAGUGGGGACGAGGCGAGGGUCGUGGUCAACGAGGAGUGGAGGGAAGGUGACGAGAGAGAUGAGGCAGAGUCACCAGAUGAAGAAGGAACAAGUGAGACGGUGAAGGUAGAGUUUAACGUAGUGGGUGCUGACGCCUCGCCCUGCGGCACUCCCCCACAGAAAACGAGCCCCAUACAGAAAACGGUGUCUGGGUGGGUGUGCGGGCCUGCGGUCAGUGCGGGCGACAGUGUGGGAGAAACCAUGGUGGAGGCAGGGGGAGCCACGCGGCCCUCCGCUGCCAGUAGUGUUUCCGUUGUGGCGCCGACGAGGAUGGCGUCCAGUGCCCGAGUGUCUAGAGUGCCACUGCUGAGUGGUGCCCCCGUCAGUGUGUCCAGUGUAGUGUUGUGCGGGACUGCCAGCAGCACCACCACGGCGGCCCCCGCCGUCAGUGCACUAACCAAAGUGUCCAGUGUCAGGAUUGUACCUACGCCCACGACCACGCCAACACCCAGUGUCAGUGGUCACGAUACGCCCACUCACCAGGCCAGACCCAGCAACCCGGCCCCCAGACCAGCCCCCAGGCCAGCCCCCAGGCCUCCCAGACCCAACUCUUCUAGACCCAGCAGUCAGGUAGAGCCACUAGUUCAUCACCCGCCGCAGGUGGCGGGGGACCCGCAGUCAUCACAACAGCGGCCGCUCCAGCACCAACUUCCACUGCUGCACAUGCAACAGCCGCCGCCGCAGCAGACACCGGGGCAGGAGCUGCAGCAGCAACACCAGCAUCAACAACAACAACAAGAGGCCCGACGUGGGGAGAGGGAACGCCGUCGUGAACGUCGCCGGGAGCGGCGGGAGCGGCGCGCCCAUCGGUCCGGGGCAGCCCUGGGCCAGCCAGGCCUGACCGACCUGGCAGACACCAACCCACCGCCUACCCUAGCCCACGACGCCCACCUGCCUGACCUGCUUCACUCCCACGUGCCGCCCCCGUACUCCACGCUGCCUGGAGGGGGACGCUCGCUAGGGGGGCUGAUGGGGCCACCGCCCCCGGGGCCAGCUGGACCACCCCCACCACCUCCAAUGCCCCUGCACGUGCCCCCUCCCCCACCCCCAGGGCCACCCCCUGGGUUCCCAGCCCCUGCCCCUGUGCCAGGCUCGCCCCUCAGACUGCCCCACGACAGCCCAUGGCCUUUCUUCGGCUCCAGAAGGUAA